AUGGUGUUGUCAGUGCAUUGCGCGAGUGCUUUUUCUUUCAUUUACUUAAGUACACUUGUUGCUGCUUCUGACGUGAAAUGCUAUUCGUAUUAUGAAGAAUUAUGCCCACAUCCGCGGAAUCUAAUUGGGAUCAAACAAACAACAUCGCCAAGUAGUUGGGGUCUUACGUUCACUCGAGAUAAUGCGAUGUACGAUAAAAAAAAAUGUGAAUGGCGUACAGAUAAAAGAGGUGCAUCGUUUUACUUUUGUUGUUGCAAUACAAAUCUUUCAUUUUUGCUUUGA